AUGGGUUCAAGAGUUGCUCUUGUGACAGCGUCUUCUGCAGGGCUCGGAGCGGCGAUCGCAAAGUCCAUCGUGGAGGACUUCCGUGUGGUGAUUAACUACCACGGAGAUGCAGCGAGGGCAGAAACGACCGUGGAACAACUUAAAGCCCUUGUGGAAACCAGGUCAUCUCAUGAGAAGCUAUCUGACGAGGUGACCAUGGCACCCGCCGAAGAUCUCAGGACCCCCCGGGUUCUAGCCCUACGGGCAGACAUGAGCAGCCGCACCUCAAUCGCACAGCUUGUCAAAGAUGUCGUGGACCAGAUGGGACGAUUGGACGUGGUAAUUUCCAAUGCUGGAUGGACUCGAAUAAGAGACUUUCAAGAUCUGGAUGACAACGUCGACGAGGAAGACUGGGAUGAAUGCUGGCAAGUGAACGUCAAGAGCCACCUUUGGCUGCUGCAUGCCUCAAGACAGUAUCUAGAGUCAAGCCCAAACGGGGCCUUUAUCAGCGUAGCAAGCGUGGCCGGUGUGAAGCCUAGUGGUAGCUCCAUCGCUUAUGCUGUGACCAAAGCUGCCCAAAUCCAUCUAGUGAAGUGUCUUGCGGCAGUGGUGUCGCCUCUUGUCAGAGUGAACUGUGUGUCUCCAGGGAUUCUUAUGACAGACUGGGGUCGCCAAUUCCCGGAGGAUACGUUGACAGUUGCCAAAGAGAAGACUCUGCUGAAGCGAUUCGCGACUGUACAGGAUGUGGCGGAACAGGUCAAGUCGAUGGUUUUAAGCAAUUCAAUCACUGGCGUGAAUAUGGUUGUGGACGCCGGGUUCAGUUUGUGA